AUGCCUGACCCUGUCCUGAAGAAACCCAAACUGGAGCCUCUCUGUUUGAAGAAGGAGAAACCAGAGAUCCAGCAGGAGGUCCUGUCCUGUCUCCAGCCUAAGCUCAGAGUCUCUGCCUUCAGGCCCUGGUCUCCUCAUGUCUCUGCGGGAGAGAAGGAGCCGCCCAGCUGGGGACGUGACUUUAAAGCUGGGGGACUUGACUUUAAAGCUGGGGGACGUGACUUUAAAGCUGGGGGAUGUGACUUUAAAGCUGGGGACGUGACUUUAAAGCUGGGGGAUGUGACUUUAAAGCUGGGGGACGUGACUUUAAAGCUGGGGGACAUGACUUUAAAGCUGAGGGACGUGACUUUAAAGCUGGGGGAUGUGACUUUAAAGCUGAGGGACGUGACUUUAAAGCUGGGGGGUGUGACUUUAAAGCUGGGGGAUGUGACUUUAAAGCUGGGGGACGUGACUUUAAAGCUGGGGGGCGUGACUUUAAAGCUGGGGGCGUGA